GAGAGGGGUCACUUGCGCUCUAGGUCAGCGUGUCACAGAACCUAAGGAAUCAGGAGCGUUCGUUUUCAACGGUUUCAGAUUGUUGUCGAGGCAAGUGUUUCACUUUCUGACCGGAUUCUGAGACGCGCUUAUCCGUGGGAGGGAAUUUUAUAGUUGAAAGUAACUUUCUCUUUUAAAGGGGGGAUUACAGACAUCUCUUGCUUGAAAUCAUCGUGAAGAUAAUCUUACUUCAGAAAUGGUAGAGCUUAAAAAGGCAGCAUGGGCUUUCAUUUUCAGCUUCGCUCUCAUCGGGCAAUGCUUAACAAAGCCACCAGCUUUCGUGCCAGCACCCCAGCUGAUGGAGCAGUUGAUUUCAGAAGCUGGAACAGAGCUCAUGACCAUGCGUCAAAGUCCAUUGGCUCCAUCACAAUUUGCUUUGGCAGCAACUCGUUUCAUCGUUAUGUUACCGUUCCUUCCUCUGAUGAUGGCCAUUCCUGGAGUCACGGCUGUGGUCAUGCCCCUAUUUAUGGCUCUCCAAGACAGACUGACAACUCUCAUUCCCAACAUGCCCAACCUUUUUCGACCAGGGAAUACCGGAAAUAAUCAGCAGCAAGGUGGCAGUGUCACAAACUUACUUAACAUUUUCGGUGGCGCUGGAGGCGGCAAUCAAAACCAGAAUGCCGAAAAUACUGGAAAUGCAGACGCGACAAGCGAGACACCGACCAUUUUCAGGUUUAAGCGAUCCCUUUUCAAGCUUCCCGCACCGGCCAAGGCACUUAAUGAAGGGUUUCGAGAAGUAUUCGAUUUCUUGGCAAAGACAGAUGAUGUCCUCAAUCACUUGACGAGUGCGCAAGCCGACUGCAGAAGACAAGCAGUUUGUAGAAUGUCUUCCAUUGACCCCGCCAUUGGAAUGUUUAUUGGAAAUAUGCUCCAAGUAUUGAAACUUGAAAGCAAGAUUGAGGAGAUGGACGCAUCUGAUUUGACAAAAUCAAUUCUGAAGGACAUCCUGAACGCAGCAAGUGCAGGUCUUCUCCAGAAGAACUGUGGCUCCGUCUACUCUCACUGCACCUUGUAGGCAGUAACUGUCGAAUUUGACAGCCUUUUAAUGGAACUAUGUCAAUGAGACUGCAAUCAACUUUUGCAGAAGUUGCGGCAAUUUUAUAUCGUUACAUACUGACUCUUUAUAUACCAAGUAUGUGAAUUUCAGUCGUGCUUUCUUCUUCUUGUGUACAGCCGACCACCAUGCCAUCACUGAAAGAAGCAGUAUCUACAGGAUUUGUUGUAGCCGACUGCUGUCUUUAACAUAAUCCCUCCAUAUUACAGACAAAUCUUCCGAACUGGCAUCCUCUUCUAGGCAAUAGGUCCUAUGUCACAAGUGGUCAAUCUUUGACCUGCCUCCUCAUCUUGCCCUACAUUUAUCAUCCUGUUUUACGAGCAGUAGGUCAACACUUUGAGAAAACCUUCUCAGAAUUCUCUGUGUUCCUCCAAAUGUACGUCCCACAACAGAAAAAAAGGCAAACACUUUUAAACUUUAAAUUUUUGGCAAAAAAACUGUAAAAUUUCACCAUCAUGUUUUUUAGUAUUUUAAGAUUUUCUGGCGCCAUCAGUACUGAGCUUAAGUCAUUACUUUCUGCUUUCAGAUUAUUUCUUCAUUCCGAGAUUUCUAUGCAUUCCUUUAAAUAGUGGUAAACAGUACCGAUUCCUCCACAAAUGCAUUUAUUUUCCUGCAUUCUUCCAAAUGUUUGAAAAUAUGCGGGAAAUCUCCCGUGUGCUGAUAUACUUUUAAUUAUCAGUGCAUGGUAUUUUCUUAUUUUUAUUUCUGAGUCAGAAAUAAUUUCAGUGUGCUGUGAUCAAAUCACCGUCAAUUGCUGCAUUUCCCAGUUACUUUUGUCUUGUACAGUCGCAUCAUUAUAGGGUGGCAAGACUCCUAAAGUGCCAAUGACCCAUGCUUUCUUUAGGCUGUGUCCGAGAUCUUAUAACUAUAUGGAUACUGUCCUAUAGUUACUUUCCUAUCUUCCAAGAUUGAAAAAUGGGUUAUCUCUAAAAAUACUUGCUGUCAUACCGACUAAUUGCGCCACUGGUAAUAUUCCAGAUAGAAUUGCUCUUAAGGGAAUGAAUCUCUAUCAUAUGCAUAUUUCUAUGGGUUUUUUUUUUGAGUUUUUACGACAUGGUUUAUUAGGCGAUAGAAAAUCCUUAAACAACAAAAAUUUAUCAGGUAAAAAUAGUCAAAAUUUUCACAUUUGUACUAUUUUUAUGAACACGAACAUAUCAAUAGUUAAAAGUUAAGUUUCAAAGAUUGGUAAAAUAUAUGACUUUUGACCUGCACUUUUUUAAAUUCUGCAAUUUUUUAAAUUAAUAUGAACACAUGUAUGAAAUUUUGAAAUAUGCUAAAAUAUUUCAUGAUGAAAGACAAUUGUUUCUAAAAAUAAUUAGCAUUUCUUCUUUUUCUAAAAUUAUAGAUGAAAUCAUUUCGUAUUUUAUAUUUUUUAAAAAGAAAUGUUAUUCAUUUGACAGAGAAAAUCACUAGGAAACUGCACCACAUAAUGUGUUAUUUUAAAUCAUUUUUAUAAAAAAUAAAUUUUGGGAAAUACAAGUAAUUUCAUCAUUAUUUCUCAUUAUUACUUACAAGAAAAAAAAGAAAGUCAUUGAAAGAAAGAUUUCAUUGUAAAGAUACAGUGAUUAAAUGAUUGGCAGUUGAAUGCUUUCUCAUAAAAAUAAUGGCGACUUAAUUGCUCAACUGAAAAGUAUUUUGCAAGCAUCAUUUUAUGUUCACAAACGAUUCAAUAGGCAUUUUUAGUAAAAGCCAAGUGAGUUGAUUGCUUUACAACUUUUCAGAGACAUAGAUUUGCAUAAUUCUGUUGAUUGGGAAAAAUUCUAUGUAUUAUUUUCAUCUUGUAUAUAAUUGUUAAUCACAUGAGCUGGUUUCAGUGU